GCAAUACAACAAAGUUAAUUGAAAGUUUUAUUUGGAAAUGUUUUUUAAAAUGGUUAUAUAGCAGCAAAGGUGCACAGACCUGGGCAGCGGCCUCAGCCUCGCCCCCUGGCGGCCGCGCGCUCACGGGCUGUCCGCCGCGGGUUGCCGUAGUUACCACAGACCGGGUCGCAAAGAUGGCCGCCACGAUAGCCGAGAGGAGCUCGAGCGCUGGCUGAGGGGGCAAAGCCGGCGGCAGCGCUCCCCACGGCAUCGUUUGCUCGCUUUAUUUAUUUCCAACAACGACGUCUACCCGAACGGCGGCGGCUCCAAGCAGCAGCAGCAACAGCAGCUAUGCAUCAGUAGACGCUCCCGACAUGGAAGCGUCCGAGCUGCAAAGAAAAGGUAACUGUACCAAAGCAACCAACACCCAAAGACAAGACCAUUGAAAAUGUGGCAGGUUUCAGUGAGAAACAAGAAAGGAAGCUGCGAUCCAAUAUGCGAACGACGGAAAGAGACCACAAGAAAACCGUGCAAUGUGCAUUCAUGCUGGAUCCCAUCUCUGGGUCGUCUGCAAAGAAUUCAAUUCCUAACAAACCUUACCUGUGCCUCAGUUGCAGCAACCCCAACCCUCCUGUUGCCAUGCCCCUCAGUAGACCCACACGGCAGACUUCCCGUACGGACUGCCCGGCCGACCGACUGAAGUUCUUUGAAACUUUGCGAUUACUACUUAAGCUUACCUCUAUAUCCAAACGGAAGGAGAAAGAGCAGAGAGGACAGGAAAAUACCUCAUAUGAGUGGGGGAACAGAACAAAUGAACUUAUCUGGCUGGAGCUGCAAGCUUGGCAUGCGAGUCGUAGCAUAAGUGACCAAGAUGUUUACCUGUACACAGCUCGCCAGGCUGUCCCUGAUAUUAUUAAUGAUAUAUUGAACUUUAAAGUAAAUUAUGGAAGCCUUGGGGUUUGUAAAGCUGGUAGUGAUGCUGAUGCUGCUGGAGUGGAUGAUAUUUUUGAGCAGAAGACCGACUGUAUUAGGACUUCAGGAACGCACGCCUUUGGUUGCAGUGACUAUCAGGAACACCUCCAGUGUCAGAGGAUAGCAUUUGAGCAGGUGAAAAGUAUUAUGGAGCUGCUAGAGUCUGUGGAAGCACUUUACCCAUCAUUGCAAGCCCUCCAGAAGGACUAUGAGAGGUAUGCUGCAAAAGAUUUUCAGAGCAGAGUGCAGGCGCUUUGCUUAUGGCUUAACAUUACCAAGGACCUGAACCAGAAAUUGAAUUUGAUGAGAACUGUUUUGGGCAUUGAGAAAUUACCAAACAUUGGCUGGCCAGUGUUUGAAAUCCCAUCUCCACGUCCUUCCGGAUCAAGUGACCCGGACGAGGAAGGAGAUGAGAGCAAGAAUUACUUACAGGCUUGUCCCUUGGAAAAUGAAGAGCAGGAAGAUGAAGACACUGGGUCUGGAGAUGACAGAGAGCACGGUUCUCACAGGCACAAAGAAGGGGUACAUGUUCACUUUCAUCCUUUGGAGUUUUUCCCAAAGAAAUUUGAGAGAUCUGCAUCCGAAGAUGAAACGUCGUUGACGGGAAACCUGCCCUCUGAGUGCCCACCUGAAGCGGGUUUCAACAGGAAUUGUCAGAUGUCUAUUUACAGGCCUUUUGUUGAUAAAGCUCUGAAACAAAUGGGACUGAGGAAACUUAUAAUGAGGCUUCACAAAUUAAUGGAUGGGUCUCUGCAAAGGGCCCGAGUAGCACUGGAGAAAGAUGUUAGUACACUGGAGUUCUUUGCUGUUCCAGAGCCCUUGAGUUGCCACGAUUACCUGCCUGUAUUGUCCCACACACCUUCCUGUACAGAGCAGAAAGGCAGCAGUGUGUCAUGGGAACAGCUGGAGGCCAUGGAGCUACCAUCCUUCCAGCCUGCAUACUUGGUCUUGUGCCGAGUUCUCCUCAACGUGAUUCAUGAGUGCUUGAAGCUGAGGCUGGAGCAGAGACCUGCCGGAGAGCCCUCGCUGCUGAGCAUUAAACAGCUGGUCAGAGAAUGCAAAGAAGUGCUGAAGGGUGGCCUGCUCAUGAAGCAGUAUUAUCAGUUCAUGUUGCAUGGGAUAAUGGACGAAUUCCAGAGGCAGCAGAAGGUUGACAGCAAUAUUGAUGAAUUUGAGGAAGAUCUACAUAAAAUGUUGAUGGUUUAUUUUGAUUACAUGCGGAGCUGGAUCCAGAUGUUACAGCAUUUACCUCAGGCCUCUCACAGUCUGAAGAACCUUCUAGAAAUAGAAUGGAAUUUUACCAAAGAAAUAACGCCUUGCAUACGAGGAGGAGAAGCUCAAGCUGGAAAGCUCUUUUGUGACAUAGCUGGAAUGUUGCUGAAGUCUACAGGAGAGUUCUUGGAUUCAGGUCUCCCGGAAAGCUGUGACGAAUUGUGGGCGAGUGCUGAUGACAGCACAGCAUCCGAUGAAAUCAGGAGAUCCAUUAUAGAGACCAGUCGUGCAUUAAAAGAGCUCUUUCACGAAGCUCGGGAGAGAGCAUCCAAGGCUCUGGGUUUUGCUAAAAUGCUGAGAAAGGACCUAGAAAUAGCAGCAGAAUUUACUUUGUCGGCUCCUGUACCAGAUUUUUUAGAAGCUCUUAAAACAAAAAAAUAUGUCAAGGUUCUCAUUCCCAGUCUGGAGGACCUGCAUAUCUUUGUUGCUUGUGACCUUUCAGAGCGCAAGUCUCAGAUACUCCAACUGCUGAGCGCAACUGCUGGCAAGGAAUGUUCGAAUGAAUGCGAUGAAUCAGUGGACAUAGCCUACCUACUCCUCACCAAAGCGCAGGAGGAUUCCUGGAAAUCAUGGCAGGGCCACUCCAUCAAAGUGCUGCCCCAGGUGGAAACAGUAGAUACAUUGAGAAGCAUGCAGAUCCGUAAUUUAUUACUGGUGGUGAUGCAGUCUUCACAUCUUGUAAGUCAGCGCAAGACCUUUCAUCAAUCCAUGGAAAAAAUAAUCUCCCUGCACCGUGAGCAGACAUCCAGCCAACCAGUCAUAGCCAAAGCAUUGGAGCAGCUCAAGCAUGCAGCCUUGUUGCUGUGCAAUAAGAUUAGGAAUGCCAUUGACCGCAUUGACAAGAUGUUCAAUUCAGAGUUUGAGGCUGAAAUGGAUGAAUCUGAAUGUGCGACUUUGCAGCAGUAUUACAGGGAAACUAUGAUUCAAAGCUAUAACUUUGGCUUUGAGUAUCACAAGGAGGUUGUCCGGCUGAUGUCUGGUGAAUUCAGACAGAAGAUAGGGGACAAGUUUAUCAGCUUUGCUCGGAAAUGGAUGACCUUCGUGCUCACCAAAUGUGAAAGUGGGAGGGGAACAAGACCCAGGUGGGCAACCCAGGGGUUUGACUUCCUUCAGGCAAUCGAACCGGGAUUUAUUUCAGCUCUCCCAGAAGACGACUUCCUGAGUUUUCAGUCUCUAAUGAAUGAAUGCAUUGGACAUGUUAUAGGAAAACCUCACAGCCCUGUCACAGGGAUUCAUCGAAAUAGCCCUCGUCCUAUCAAAGUGCCGCGAUGUCACAGUGACCCACCAAAUCCACACCUCAUCAUCCCCACAUCUGAAGGAUUUAGUCCAAGGAGCCUUGGAUCUGAAGUACGGAACUUGUGUGUAGCCAGUGUUGUUCGCUUAACCCCAGCAGUUGGUGGUGACCUGAAUCACUCCAAACCUGUCGCCUCAGCUAAUGAAAUAAGAGGUUCAAGUGUCCCUGAAAAUGACCGCCUGGCGUCUAUAGCAGCUGAGCUUCAGUUCAAGUCACUGAGCCGACAUUCCAGUCCCACAGAAGACCGUGAAGAGCCCACGUACCCUAAAGGGGAUGCAGGUGUGAAUGUGCGGAGAAGUUGGGAGCUCCGGUCUCUACUAAGUCAGUCUAAAGACAUAGCCGCCAAGCAGAGUCGAAUUGAUGCUGUACGGAAGUGCAUCAAGUCCUUUGAAGAGCAACAGAACUGUCAAAUGAAGCAAAAAAAUAUAAUCGGUCAAAUUUGCGACAUUCCUAAAUCUUAUGACAAUGUCAUGCAAGUUGGAUUAAGAAAAGUGACGUUUAAAUGGCAAAGAGGAAACAAAAUAGGAGAAGGACAGUAUGGAAAAGUGUACACGUGUAUAAAUAUAGACACCGGAGAGCUAAUGGCAAUGAAGGAAAUCAGAUUCCAGCCAAAUGAUCACAAAACAAUCAAGGAGACAGCGGAUGAGUUGAAAAUUUUUGAAGGUAUCAAACACCCAAACCUGGUUAGAUAUUUUGGUGUAGAACUUCACAGAGAAGAAAUGUACAUCUUCAUGGAGUACUGUGAUGAAGGCACCCUAGAAGAGGUGGCUCGGCUUGGUCUACAGGAGCACGUCAUUCGAUUGUACACCAAGCAGAUCAUCACAGCUAUAAAUGUGCUACAUGAACAUGGGAUUGUGCACCGAGAUAUCAAGGGUGCCAAUAUUUUCCUCACCUCAUCAGGUAAGAUCAAACUGGGGGACUUUGGUUGUUCAGUAAAGCUGAAGAAUAUUGCCCAGACCAUGCCUGGUGAAGUGAACAGUACUCUUGGGACUGCUGCUUACAUGGCCCCUGAAGUUAUCACCAGAGCAAAGGGUGAAGGGCAUGGGCGAGCUGCAGAUGUCUGGAGCCUUGGGUGUGUCCUUGUGGAAAUGGUUACAGGCAAGAGACCAUGGCAUGAGUAUGAGCAUAACUUCCAAAUAAUGUACAAGGUGGGAAUGGGCCACAAGCCUCCCAUCCCAGAACGUUUAAGUCCAGAAGGCAAGAGCUUUCUCUCCCAUUGCCUGGAAAGUGACCCGAAGCACCGGUGGACAUCUAGCCAGCUUCUGGAUCAUCCUUUUGUCAAGGUUUGCUGUGAUGAAGAAUGAGGCUGCUUGAACAAAAGCUCGUGAGGUCUCCCAGACACACAAGAAGCAAUCACUACUGCAAGUGCCAAGAAUACUCUACAAGGGCAGACCGCACACACAGCUGACAGGGUCACUGUACCACUGCUUCUGUGAAGCUGAUAGGCUGAGACUGCACAUAUUGGGCAAAUGACUGUCUAGCAAAUUAAAAUAAGCUGCAUGCUCUGUUGGAAGUGCCAUUACUACUGUACAGACUGUUGUGGUUACUGCCCCCAAUAACCCACCCCCUCCUUUGACCUUGCUUUUGGAAAAUGUAACAGCUGUAGUAUUUCAAUUUUCUAUAGGUUCCAAAUAGUUUUGUGUUGUCAAAUAUUCUAAUUUGUAAAUUGUUUUUAUCUUGUUGUGCUACACACACACAUCUAUUAUAUCGUGGAAGAAGAAUGCACUGACUCCUGUGAACGUUUGCAUACCUGAGUUAUUCAGCAGUGACUGUAGACUGAUUAAUGAAAUACACUUGUUUUCCAAUAAAUUCUUUAUUUUAGGAAAACUGGUGAAGUAGCAAUGUGGUGGGACCUGUGUUGAAUGCAAGCAAGUAACAUUUGGUGUGUGGGAGAGAAAAUGCAUGUGUAGCUAGAUUUAGCCAUUGGUCUAUAAUUGAAGAAAAUUUAACUGCACGCUUGCUUGACUAUUCAGCUCUAUGCAAGUACAGCAAUAUCAUUGAGUUUACAUUUUAUAAUAGUGAAGCAUUCUUUUGCAGCAGACUGCAAUUUGUAUAGAUAUAUAAAACUGAGGCUUCUGGAAUUUGAACUAAUAAUUUGCAUCUGUAAAUUUAACCCCCAGUUGGCACUUGUUCAGCUGUUGCCAGUAAACCCAUCAGAAGACAUUUGUUUUAAUUAUUGUAUUUGAACAGUUCAAAGGCUAAAUACUUCAGAAGCCAAAAUGACUUGGGAGUUCCAGUAUAAGAGCACAAAAGAGCUUUAUCCUAAAACUAACAAUUUGAAUAAAAUGAUUCUAGGUUGCAGCCAACAGUCCACAAAAUACUAUAACCUUAAAAAGACCAAGGAGUUUUUGUUAUCCAUCCUCAAUUAGCUUUGGAAAGGCUUUGGUAAGCAUCUGGAACCAGUACAAUUAGAGGAGGUGAGGUGUUUGCUACCCUGGCUUUUAGAUUGCGAGAGGGUUAGGAAAGGACUGCUCAUGUAAUUGAACACGUGCAGGAAGUACACAGUGGAGUCCCAGUAGAACAUGGAGUGAAUGUUUCGGGAGGAGGACGAUGAAUUCAUCAUGCAGGCUGGUCUGCCCUCUGUUAAAGCAGACCUCCCACAGAAUUCCAUUGUGUUUCUGCUUUGGAACAUGCUCCUCUGAUCAGGUUUUGAAUACACUACUUGCUCAGCUACAUGUUAAUUUAAAAAAAGUAAAAAUCCAAGUUUGCAGAAAUGAAUUAAUCUGCUCAUCUUUGGCAGUGCCUUGACCUGAAAUGUUGCCCAUCUGGGCUUGUCUUUUAAAGUAGUUGGCACCUAAUGACCUCUGCCCCCUCGAUCUGGCCAACACAGAGGUGUGAGAAUCUCAUCCAAGUUUGUUAAUUACAUACUUAUUCAUGAACCGUGAGACGUGAAUUGGCCAAGAUAGACUGGCGAUUGAUUCUUAAUGGGUUGAUGGUGGAUAUGCAAUGGAAGGCAUUUAAAGACUGCAUGGAUGAACUACAACAAUUGUUCAUCCCAGUUUGGCAAAAAAAUAAAUCAGGGAAGGUAGUGCAUCCGUGGAUAACAAGGGAAAUCAGGGAUAGUAUCAAAACAAAAGAUGAAGCGUACAAAUUAGCCAGAAAAAGCAGCCUACCAGAGGACUGGGAGAAAUUCAGAGUCCAGCAGAGGAGGACAAAGGGCUUAAUUAGGAAAGGGAAAAUAGAUUAUGAAAGAAAACUGGCAGGGAACAUAAAAACUGACUGCAAAAGCUUUUACAGAUAUGUGAAGAGAAAAAGAUUAGUUAAAACAAAUGUAGGUCCCGCAGUCAGAAACAGGUGAAUUGAUCACGGGGAACAAGGACAUGGCAGACCAAUUAAAUAACUACUUUGGUUCCGUCUUCACUAAGGAAGAUAUAAAUAAUCUGCCUGAAAU